AUGUCUGCCCAGUCAUCCAACGCCCCUUCCUGGGUUUCGCAGCUCGAACAUCCUCCUGCCGCAAAGGCCAAGGUGGCAGGUGUCCAGGACCCUCCAGGCUUCAGCUCCGGAGCCGCCGUAUCCCACUCCAAGAAGCAGAACAAGGAUGCCAAGGUUCAGCCACGCAAGCCCCCGACCGCCGAAGAGAUGGAUACCCUGAAGCUCAAGAAGGCAUGGGAGGUCGCGUUGGCUCCCGUCAAGGGACUCCCGAUGACGGGCUUCAUGAUGUACAUGUCGGGCAACUCUCUCCAGAUCUUCAGCAUCAUGAUGGUCUUUAUGGCUUUCAAGAACCCCUUGAUGGGUCUGGUCAACACGAACCAGGCACUCGAGCGAUUCCAGACAGAGAACAACUCGGCCCAGAUGUUGCAGGUCAAGUUCGUAUACGUGGCAUGCCAGCUUCUUGCACUGGCUGUUGGAGUUUGGAAGAUCAAUGGCAUGGGCCUAUUGCCAACAACACGAUCAGACUGGUUGAUGUGGGAGGUGCAGAGGGAACCUUUGGAACACGCUGUGGCAGCGUUAUAA